AUGGCUACCCCUAGUGUCCUCGCUUUUUACGCAGAGGGUCGGGCCAUUGACUUUGACGUCUGGAUAGAUGACCUACAGCUGUUCUUACAGUGCGAUAGGGCAGACGGUCUCUCCCUCUUUGACCUCACCUCUGGCGCCUCUCCUGCCCCUGCUGCUGAUGCUGACGCCACUCUUCGCUCCCAGUGGGCCACGCGCGACGCUGCUGCACGUCUUGCUGUGCGUUGCCACCUCCCUACCUCCGAGCGUGCGCACUUUAGUCAGUACAAGAGUGCUCAGACCUUGUACGACGCUGUAGUUGCACGCUACUCCUCCCCUGCCACUGCUGCACUGAGCCGUCUAAUGCUACCGUACCUCUUCCCUGACCUUGCUGCCUUUCCCACAGUCGCUGACCUCAUGACGCACCUCCGCACUAGUGACACUCGCUACCGCGCUGUGCUUCCUGCUGAGGACCACUUCCUCGCAGUGUGCCCCACCACUCUCACCGUUGACCUCCUCGAGAAGGCCCUCCUAGCGGCGGAGAAGAGCAUAGUCGCUGUAGGAGCCUCUCGGGGUGACCCCCGCACCCCUGUCUUUGAGGGGUGUUCUCCCUCCCCCCUCUUGCCCUCUGUUGCUUCUGCUGCUGCGGCCGACCUCGUUGGUUUUGAGUCGGUCGGUGCUGCGUCUGCCCCUUCGGGGAAGCGCCGCACAGGCAAGGGCAAGGGGGGCAAGGGCGCUGGAGGAGCUGGCAGGGGCGGUGGAGGCGGCGGUGGAGGCAGCGGAGGGAGUGGGGGUGGUGGCGGGAGUGGUGGAGGGGGUGGGGGUACCGGUGGCAGCAGUGGAGGCGGAGGCGGCGGCGGUGGCGGAGGGAGCGGAGGCGGCGGUGGUGGCGGAGGCGGCGGCGGUGGCGGAGGCGGCGGAGGCGGCGGAGGUGGCGGUGGAGCUGGUCGCGGCGGGGUGGGGGUGCUGGUCCGUGCACCUACGUUCCACGUACGGGCGACCGCGCGGGUGAGCAGUGUGGGGGUGCGCACCCCACCCAGCGCUGCUUUGGCCGCCUGA